GGGGCGCACGGCGCUACGGCUGAGUGGAAAGAAAAGUGGAAAGUGAGGAAAAUACCUGAAUGGACAGUAUGGAAUAAAUCAGGCCCCCUCAGCUGUCCCCUGCUGUGACUCUCCCACCCCUCUUCUCCUCCUUGCUGUAGCCUCUCCCUCCUCCCUUCUCCUGCUCCCUCCUCAUCGGCCUCCAAGAUAGAUUCCCUCAGGAGUAAGGUUGACCUGCUCAAGCUGCCCCUGGCUCUGACCACCAAGUCCAUCUCGGAGCGCAAGAGCCAGCUGGGAGGAGUGGGCGAGCAGCGCCGCCCGGGAGGAGGAGGAGGAGGCGGGCCUCGUAAAGCCUGUUCACCGCCCAGCCGAGACAUGGACAACGAGUCGCAGUACUCGGGCUACUCUUACAAGUCCUCACACUCCCGAAGCUCCCGAAAGCACAGGGAUCGGAGGGAUCGCCACCGCUCUAAGAGCCGAGAUGGCAGUCGUGGAGAAAAGUCGGUCACCAUCCAGACUCCUGGAGAGCCGCUGCUGGAUGCAGAGUCAACCCGCGGAGAUGACCGGGAUGAUAACUGGGGUGAGACCACCACAGUCGUCACCGGCACCUCAGAACACAGCAUCUCUAACGAGGACCUGACCCGCGUCACCAAAGAGUUGGAGGAGUCGACUCCGCUGGAGUGCAAGCGCUUCAUUGGCCCGGCUCUGGGAGGCUGCCUGAGCUUCUUCGCCCUGGUCACGCCGCUAGCCUUCCUCAUCCUCCCGCAGGUGCUGUGGCGGGACACCUUGGAGCCCUGCGGGACGCCCUGCGAGGGCCUGUACGUCUCCCUGGCCUUCAAGCUGCUGGUCCUGCUCAUCUCGUCCUGGGCGCUGUUUCUCCGGCCGCCCCGCGCCACGCUGCCGCGCUUCUUUGUCUUCCGCUGCCUGCUGAUGGUGCUGGUGUUCCUGUUCGUAGCGUCCUACUGGCUGUUCUACGGCGUGCGGGUGCUGGAGCCCAGGGAGCGGGACUACAGGGGGAUCGUGGAGUACGCUGCCUCGCUGGUAGACGCCUUGCUCUUCAUACAGUACCUGGCUCUGGUUCUGCUGGAGGUCCGACACCUGCAGCCCGCCUUUUGCCUCAAGGUGGUCCGGAGCACGGACGGUGCCAGCAAGUUCUACAACGUGGGUCACCUCAGUAUCCAGCGGGCAGCUGUCUGGGUGUUGGACCGUUAUUACAGCGACUUCUCCGUCUACAACCCUGCCCUGCUCAACCUGCCCAAGUCCAUCCUGUCCAAGAAGAUGACCGGCUUCAAGGUUUACUCCCUGGACGAAAGCACCACCAAUAACUCAUCGGGCCAGUCCCGGGCCAUGAUAGCAGCUGCCGCCCGCCGGAGAGACAACUCCCACAACGAGUUCUACUACGAGGAGGCCGAGAUGGACCGCAGGGUUCGCAAACGCAAGGCCAGGUUGGUCGUGGCGGUGGAAGAGGCCUUCACACACAUCAAGCGUCUCCACGAAGACGAGGUCGCCUCGUCCCCCAAACACCCGAGGGAGGUGAUGGACCCUCGGGAGGCGGCUCAGGCCAUCUUCGCCCCGAUGGCCCGAGCCAUGCAGAAAUACCUGAGAACCACCCGGCAGCAGGCCUUCCACAGCAUGGAGAGCAUCCUCACACACCUGCAGUUCUGCAUCACACACAACAUGACGCCCAGGGCGUUCCUGGAGCGGUACCUCUCCCCGGGCCCCACCAUGCAGUACCAGCAGCAGAACGGCAGGGGGCGCCAGUGGACCUUAGUGAGCGAGGAGCCGGUGACCUCGGCCCUGCGCCAGGGUCUGGUCUUCUCCCUGCGACGCCUGGACUUUUCCCUGGUCGUCACGGUGACGCCGCUGCCCUUCCUGCGGCUCGGGGAGGAGUUCAUCGACCCGAAGAGCCACAAGUUCGUCAUGAGGCUGCAGUCGGAGACCUCGGUGUGAAGGCAUCUGAAUGCCCCGCUCCCCCCACGCUGUCCUCUCUAGGUACUCGCUCCUGCUGGAUGUGGACGGGACAUGCGGGAGGCCAUGUGGCCCACUCCCCCAUCCAAUCAUCCUCCUCCUCCUGUUCCAUGAUCAUCACAGAUGCUCUGAUAUCAAACUGUGAUCAGCUCAACGAUUGUUCAAACCUGGAAUUAAACAGAUGCCUUGACCGUUUUGUUUUCUUUUUCUUUACCUGUGUUGUAAAAUCUUGUUCUUUGUUGGAAAAAAAAAAAGGGGGGACUUUUUCUCUUUUUUUGCUCCCUCUGUUGCUGUAACCACUGGACUGCUGACUCACAUGAACACCAGAUGAGGGGGGGGGAUUACAUCAUACGUGUCACUUCCUCUUUCUUGUGUAUUAAACACAGGCUACCUGGAGCUCAGCUCUGACUGCAGCGCUGUUGUACCACUGCCCAUUGGUUUCCUCUCAGUGGACUGUUUUUAUAUCAAAGGGUGUGACCUUUUUUUUUUUUACUUACAGAAUGUAGCAUUAUGUGCUUUGAAUUAACACGUGGCUUUUCAGAGGCCUAAAGGCCAAAAUGUCUUUUUAUAUCUUGACUGUAAAGAAACAUAGAAGUACAUUCCUAAACUACUCCAGACUACAGAAUUCAUGAUUGUCUACAUAUGCAGGUUUUGUUUUAUUCUACACUGGCAUUUUUUACUUUUCAUUUUACAGUUUAAGCAAGAAGACUAAACAAGGGCCCCAUGUAUAGCUGUUAUAAUCAUGCAAUCUGUAUCUGCUUAUCUUAACUUAACUGGAUAAGGAUGUUAAAGCAUAAGCCUUGAGUAUUCUUCUGAAUUUUCUUUAUUGUCAACAAAUCCCAUUAAAAUCCCAGAAAUCCA